UGUAUCUCAUCUUCAUUACAGCCUGACAUUAGCCUGUAUGCAUCACAGCUUCUGCCUGUGCUGUUUGAUUACCUGUCAAGUGUAUGCUCCCAGCUGCAAGAGAAAGGAAAAGAACCUCCUGGCUUGGAUCGCAUAUUUUAUGCACUAGAGAUGUUCUGCGAAAAUCUAGGGGAUGAGCUGUUACCAUAUUUGCCAACCUUAAUGGACAGAUUGUUCACAGCCUUAAAUCCAAACAACCUGGUUCAUCUUCAAGAACUGGCACUUAGUUGCAUAGGUGCUACAGCUAAUGCUGCCAAGGAUGGAAUGAUUCCUUAUUUUCCUCGCAUCAUUGAAAUCUUGAAAGUGUAUUUAAAUGAGGAGCAGAGUGACGAGACCCUUUGCCUUCAAAUACAGGCUGUUGAUACACUUGGUGUACUUGCACGAAGUGUAGGACCAGAGCAUUUCUUACCCCUAGCCCAGGGAACUGCUCAGCUAGGUCUGAAUCUCCUAAGUAAAACAGAUGACCCUGAACAACGGAAAAGUUGUUAUGGCUUGUUUGCCGCACUGUCCACAGUGCUGAAGGACGACAUGAGAAACAUACUGCCAACUAUAGUUGAAAUGAUGUUAGAUGCUCUGACGAGUACUGCUGGAAUUUUGCCACAUUACAAGGAUGAUGAGACUUCAGCCUUUCCUGUAUAUGAAGAUUUGAGUGAUACUUCAGAGGAAGAAGAUAUUGAAAAAGAUUCUGAAGAAGAUGAAGUUGAAGAUGAAGAUAUUGCAGGUUACAGUGUUGAGAAUGUUUAUGUGGAAGAAAAAGAAGAGGCAUGCAUAGCUUUGACAGAGAUUGCAAAAAAUACUGGAGAAGCGUUCGUACCGUUCUUGGAGAGAAGUUUUGAAGGAGUGUUUAAAAUGAUUAACUACCCUCAGGAUGAUAUUCGUAAAGCUGCUGUAGAUGCCCUUCGUCAGUUCUGUAUCUCUUUCAAUGACAUUAAGACCCCAGAAGGGAAAGUGGUUCUGUCCAAAGCUCUCUCGGUGCUAAUCCCAAAGUGCGCUGAACUCAUCCGUACAGAUGAGGAACGGACUGUUGUUAUGACAGCCUUAGAUGCUUACUCAGAAUUACUGAAGGAAAUAAAGGGACCUGUCCUUGAGGGAGAAGGACAUCGUGAUGCCAUCAUCAACUGUAUUAAGGACGUUAUGACUUAUAAGACUGAAUGCCAAGACAAAGGAGAUGAGGAUGGAGCAAACUCGGAUGAUCCGGAAGCUGAGCAAGAUGAGAUGGUGAUCGAGUAUGCAGGAGAUAUUGUUCCAAAUCUGGGUAAAGCCAUGACACCCGAUGACUUCGCGCAGUACCUUGGGCAGCUCCUUCCUCUAUUUGCCAACAGAAUGAAGAAGCAAUGCACUGUAGCACAGCGUUCAUUUGCUGUUGGGACCUUAUCAGAAUCGAUGGAACCACUUGGUCCAAGAAUAGGGCAAUUUGUACCACAACUACUGCCAUUGUUCCUGCAAGUCUCCAGAGAUGAAAGUGAUGAAGUGAGGAACAACGCCAUCUUUGGUAUUGGAGAGAUGGUCCUCCAUGGCAAAGAAGCUCUUUUUCCACAUUAUUCGGAGAUCCUCCAAGCACUAUCAACAGCUGCUUCUAAAGAAAGACAUGCAAGGACACUUGAUAACAUUUGUGGAGCACUGGCCAAGCUCAUCUUGACCAAUAUCGCUGGUGUUCCAAUGGCACAGGUGUUUCCUGUUUUUGUGAAUUAUCUACCACUGAGAGAAGAUUUUGAUGAAAACAAAGCAGUAUUUGAAUGUAUGUCGUACCUGUACCAACUGGGCCAUCCAAUGCUUCUCAGUCACUUGGCACCUGUCAUGAAGGCAGGAGUCAUAGUGCUGUGUGAACGUCAAGGUGUUAAGGAAACUUUAGAAUUGGUGCUGAAUCUAAUGAAGACAAUGCAGUUAAAUUUCCGUGACGAGUUUUCCAGUGUUCUUGCUGCUCUUCCAUCAAAGUAUGCACCAACAAUCCAACAAAUGUUUUCCUAGCUGAUGUUUACAAAAUUGUAUGUGCAGCCUGAGAUGAGUGGCAGUAUUUUAUGGUGUUGCUGUUAUCUGUGAAGGAUAUCAUUUGUUAUGUUAGUAAAUUAAAUAACUGAACAUUGCGCUCUCUUUUGUCUUUAUUGAUGAUAAACUGUGACACACAAAUUUGUUUUCACACCAUUCAUAAUAUUUGUAUGAAAAAUGAACGUGUUGCCAUAAACAUAGCCAAGUAGUAAGUUAUAUACUAGAAUCAAUUUAAAAAUUUGAAUGGUGAAAUAUUUAAUUGAAAUUCAUACUGUUAUGCUGUUGUUGUGUGACAUAUCUCCACUGUAUUUCAAAAUCUUGAGAACGAUUUUGUAGAUUAAGGGCACCAAGAGUGAUACUGCUUAUAUUUGUGUGUUAUUUAUAAAUUGACCUGUUAUAUGUGUCAGAUUAUAAUAAGACUGAAAUAUCGUAUGGGCU